AUGCCAAAAAUCAAUUCUAAAAUGAGAGCUUUAUCUCAAAAAGCUGCUGCUAAAAGACUUUCUCACUCUCAGAGCGAAAGUGUAGAGUUAGCUAGAAAGGAAGUUGAUCCUACCCCCGAGAUUUCGGAAUCUUCUGGCACUGAAGAUGCUCUCAAUGGAAAAUACAGUCGCAAUCGUUCAUCAUACUCAUCUCGACAUGUUCGUAGACUGAAAAAGGCAGAAAGAGAAGCAGCAAAAGGAAGUGCUAGAGUUGACUCCUUUUUUUUGCCUAUCGCAAACUCUUCUUCUGCUGAGACAGAAAUUGGAUUGGAUGAAGAAAGUGAUAGUGCAGAUGAAGUCGAGUCAAAGGAAGAGUUCAAAAGCAGAGUAAAAGACGCAAUCAUUGACUUGUCAAAGUUCGUAGUACCUGUCAUCAGUUCGACUUCAGAGCAGCAAAAACUUGGUGUAGCAGAGAUGGGAAAGUACGAAGGAGCAUAUCAUUACUUAUAUACUUUGAUCAAUACGGACAUGAAGAAAAUGGCAGCUUCUAAGUUUGCAAGCGACAUUGUAUACAAGCAAAAAUCUACUUGGUACAGAGCCCGUAAGAUUCGCCAACAUGCAAAAGAGUAUUUGGAGACUAGACGAAUCAGUCUUGGUGCACAAGGCAAGCAUGCCAAACGUGUCUCUGUUCUUGAUGAUGAAGACAUCAAGCAGCAAAUACUCGAAUGGUUCAGAAGUCAGCCAAGAGCUAAAAGAAGUAUUGCUGGACUUUCAGUCCACUUGAAAGAAGUCAUUCUGCCUAAGGCCAUUGGUAGCAGCUUAAUAUCAGAUGAGUUAGAGAUCGAAGGUAGUGCAAUUAAGCCGUUGUCUACAGAUUGCCUAAGACGAAAGCUGAUAUCUUGGGGAUUUUAUUUUAAGCAUUUAGGAAAAGUUGUAUACUUUGAUGGGCAUGAGCGCGAGGAUGUGCUUACUUAUAGAAAUGCAUGGAGCAAACGCAUGAUGAAAUACUAUCAAUACUCUGAGAAAUAUGACAAUGUUACACCUUCUCUUGUGUCAUAUCCUCAAUUGCCAGAAGGUGUCAAACAGCAUGUAUUUGUCACACAUGACGAAAGUACAUUCUAUGCUAAUGACUAUCAAAAGUACGCCUGGGUGGAAGAUGGUGAAAGCUAUUGUUUGCCAAAGUCUGAGGGUAGAUCAAUAAUGAUCUCCGAGUUCCAAUGCCCUUGUCAUGGAACAAUGAGAGGAUAUGUAGGAGACCAGUACAAAACUUCGCGAGUGGUAUUUUAUCCUGGAGCUCAAUACGAAGGCUAUUGGAAAAGUAGUCAUAUGUGUGCCCAGCUUACAGAUAUAAUACCUCUUUUCAAUGCCAUACACCCAAAUGCAGUAGCUGUUUUUCUUUUUGAUCAAAGCAGCAAUCAUAAAGCCUAUCCUGAAGACGCUCUUUUGGCACAAAACAUGAACUUGUGUGCAAUUGAAGUAAAAGACAGUGACUCAGGCCAGGGAAAAUUUCGUGACAGCUCAUUUUAUGUCAGAAAGCAAUACGACUAUGCAGAACAGCAAAAAAAUAAAAAAUACAAAAAAUAUUUCAUUGGCCUUCGCGGCAUAUUACAGCAACGUUCUAUGUAUAGAAACGAAGCAGAGAGAUACUCUUUAAAACGUUCUUGCAAUAAUGUCGCGACAGCUGAUUCUAGAUGUUGUGCAAUCCAUAUUAUGGAGAGACAACCAGACUUUGCCAACAAAAAAUCAGCACUCGAAGAAAUAGUUGAAGGCAGUGGACACAAAUUUGAACUGUAUCCAAAAUACCACUGUGAAUGUAAUUGGAUCGAAAGAUACUGGGGAGCAGCCAAGAAAGAAGCACGACGUGAAUGUGAUUAUUCUUUUCAAUCAUUGAAUAGAAAAAUCAAUUCAUUUCUGGAUAGUGUUUGCCCACCAGAAGAUGAUGUCCCUGAAAAGAUUCGAAGAUACUUCCACAAAAGUUUUGCCUACAUCAAUGCCUACAGUCUUGGUCAUGAUGCUGAACAUGCAUUUGAAAUCGUGAAACAAUUCUCAAAGCUUCACAAAUCUCAUCGUAAGCUGAGAUUAAAUCAAUAA